AUGAAGACUACCGUCGCCCCCUUCGCGGCACUUGCUGCUGUGCUCGCUGCCUCCGUCUCGGCUUUGGCCCCCUUGGAACGCAACCUUGCGUACCGCUCUCCCUCGCUCUCGCUAAGCAACGGUGAACGUCUCAGCCACAACAUCGAGCACAUCGGAACCCAGAUCAAGAAGCGGGCUUACGACGCCUACGUCACCUCCAAGGUCGAGGGCAAGGCCAAGCGCAACAACGGUGGCAGCAAGAAGGCCGCCGGCAAGUACAAGACCGAGGCCGACUUCCUCGUCGAAAAGUACGACGGCAAGUACGGUUCGGACGGUCGUGAUGCCUACAAGGGCAAAGUCUCCUUCCCGUAUGGUGUCGCCUCGGGUGAUCCUUACCCUGAAUCUGCCAUUCUCUGGACACACCCGGUCCCUGAGGACUCCAACACCAAUCUCCCUGUAUGCUUGCGCUACCAGACUUCCAAGAGCAAGAGUGACUGGUCCAAAGAGAACCUUGUCGACGACAGCUACGCUUGGACCACCAGCGAGGUAGACUAUUCGUUCAAGGUCGAGACCGCCAACCUUUCGCCUAAGACUCAGUACUACUACCGCUUCUUCUCUUGCCACGAUCCUUCCGUUGUUUCGCCCGUCGGCAGCUUCAAGUCGAUCCCUGAGUACAAUGAUGACCAGGUCGACUCGCUCAAGCUUGCUGUCUUCUCUUGCUCUAACCUUCCUUUCGGAUACUUCAACGCUUACCGUGCGGCUGCAGCACGCAAGAAUGCCGAGUACUUCGUUCACGUCGGUGACUACAUCUAUGAGGCUCGUGGUGACGGCAAGCAGGUGCCCGGCGAAGAGACUUACGGUAACGGUACUGCUCUCAACCGUGUCCCUGCUCCCGACCACGAGAUCGUGACCCUCGAGGACUACCGUCUCCGAUACGGCUCCUACCGCAAGGACAAAGAUCUCCAGGCUCUACACGGCGAGAUGGCCUUUUUCGGCAUCUGGGACGACCACGAGGUAGCUGACAACUCGUACAAUCAUGGUACCGCCGAUGGCAACAACACCCAAUCUGGUGCCGUCCGUGGUGUUCGCUUCACCGAGCGAAAGCUCGCUGCCGUCAAGGCUUACUACGAGUGGAUGCCCAUUCGUCAGGUUGACACCACCGACUCUCUUCGUAUCUGGCGUUCGUUCCGUUACGGCAAGCUCGCCGAUCUUUUCCUUCUCGACACCCGUAACUUUGACCGUGACAUCACCGACGUCUACUACAACACCGACGCCAUUGCUGCUAUCAGCAACGACACCGACCGUUCCCUAAUGGGUGGCAAGCAGGAGCAGUGGCUCUACAACGGUAUGAUCCACUCCGAACAGCGCGGUGCCGUCUGGAAGGUCAUCACUCAACAGAUCAUCCAGAACUCUCAGAAUUACGGCCAGCCCUCGUUCAUGUACAACUAUGACUCUUGGCAGGGAUACCGUGCCAACCGUCGUCGAUUCUUCGACACCAUCAUCAAGAACAACGUCCAGAACACCAUCACACUUGCUGGUGACUCCCACGCCAACUGGGUUUACGACACUGUUCCCGAAGACCGCCUCAACAACACCGCUUACAACCCUGCUACAGGUGACGGCUCCAUUGGUGUCGAGUUCGCCGGUACGGCUGUCUCGUCUCCUUCGUCUUACGGUGCCAACCUCACCGCUGAGCGAUACACUGCUAACGCCAAAAAGCUAGUGACGAUCAACAGGAACUUGCAGUGGGCUGAGGGUGCUCACCGCGGUUACUUUGAGAUCGAGUUCAGCAAGACCGACUGCAACACCAAGUUCUACGGCUACGUCAACAACACCAACCCCAACUCUGAAGAGCUUUUGGUAGCUCAGUUCAACGUCAAGAGGGGCGCUAACAAGUUGACUCGUCCUAUCAACUAUGGCAUCACGCCAAACUCGGGCUUCUUGCAGGCUCAGGCUGUGGACUACAGCAAGAUGAAGUGGAACGGCACUGCUUUCGUCUAA